AUGUUCAACCUAACCAGGACUGAAACAUUGGCCAUUGAUCCCCAGCAGCGGCUGCUGCUGGAAGAAUCACAUGCUUGUCUGAUGGAUGGUCGUCCUGCCACUGGCUCUUUAUUUGGCACGGAGACAGGCGUAUAUGUGGGUUGCAUGUACCAAGAAUACACAGAUGUGUUGUCAAGUGCUGGCACGAAGUUGUCCGCAGCCGCUGCUACCGGCAACUCUCGUUCCUUCAUGGUCGGCCGUAUCUCCUACAUCUUUGGCCUGGCAGGUCCCUGCCUUAGCACAGACACUGCGUGUUCAUCUUCUUUGGUGGCCACCCAUCUGGCACAUUACAGUCUGCUUAACCAGGAAACCGUGGCAGCGACGGCAGCUGGUGUCAAUGCGAUGCUAUCUCCAACUACUACUGUGGGCAUCUGCCAGCUGCAAGCUCUGUCAUCGACGGGGCGAUGCAAGUCCUUUGAUUCAACUGGCGAUGGCUACGGUCGUGCCGAGGGCUUUGGCGUUGUUUUGCUCGCUCCACCGCACCCUGGCCAGCUUGCAGUGGCUGCAGUGCGUGGCAGUGCGAUGAAUCAAGAUGGGCAAAGCAGUGGCCUGACUGCCCCUAAUGGUCCCAGCCAGACUAAGCUGCUCCUUACGUCAUUGCGGCGUGGCGGUCUAAAUUCCAUGAAGCUUAGGUUCAUUGCAGUUCACGGCACUGGAACG